UCUCACCUGACUCCUCGGUCUGAAUCCCGGUUUUUCCCACAGCACUUUAAGGCAGCACUAGUCAGAAGUUCAGCGGCAGCGCGUCGCUCCGGACAAAUAAACCAGCAGAGAGAAAGAAUAAAGCUAGAAACAGACAAAUAUGAAACGUCCUGGAAAUGUGAUCACAACGUAUCUAGGAGCUUUUACUCUGCUGCUUUGCCUGUAUUCUAUCAGAGGUGACUACUGUGAAGUGAAUCACUGCUUCAACGGGGCGACAUGUGUGACAGGGUUAGGAGACGAUCCCUUCAUCUGCAUCUGUGCCGACGGCUUUGGAGGAGACACCUGUAACCUGACAGAGAUAGGACCCUGCAGUCCCAACCCCUGUAGGAACGACGGGUCCUGUGAGGUCAUCGCUCCGACCAGACGAGGCGACGUCUUCAACGAGUACGUCUGCAAGUGUCAGCCGGGCUUUGAAGGAGUUCACUGCCAGAUCAAUGUGAACGACUGUGCCAACCAGCCGUGUAAGAACGGAGGAACAUGUCGAGAUCUGGAUGGAGACUACGCCUGCCAGUGCCUCUCGCCAUACGUUGGGAAGCAGUGCCAGCUACGUUGCAUUUCCCUGCUGGGGAUGGAAGGAGGAGCGAUCGUGGAGUCUCAGAUUUCGGCUUCCUCCGUGCACUAUGGCAUCCUGGGUCUUCAGCGUUGGGGCCCGGAGUUGGCUCGACUCAACAACCAAGGCAUCGUCAACGCCUGGACGUCCGCCAGCCACGACAGAAACCCCUGGAUCGAGAUUAACAUGCAGAAGAAGAUGCGUCUGACGGGCAUCAUCACCCAGGGAGCCAGUCGAAUGGGCACAGCGGAGUACAUCAAGGCCUUCAAGGUGGCGAGCAGCUUUGAUGGAAACAGUUACGUCACUUACAAAGGGGAUAAUCAGCGUCGGGACAAGGUUUUUGUGGGCAACACAGACAAUGACAGCACAAAAACCAACCUGUUCGACCCUCCCAUCGUGGCCCAGUACAUCCGCAUCAUCCCCGUGGUUUGUCGCAGGGCCUGCACGCUGCGCAUGGAGCUGGUGGGCUGUGAGCUGAACGUUUAUUCAAACACGGCAGGUUGCUCAGAGCCUCUGGGGAUGAAGUCUCGGCUCGUCUCAGACGGCCAGCUUUCAGCCUCUAGCACUUUCCGUACGUGGGGCAUCGACACCUUCACAUGGCACCCUCAGUUCGCCCGGCUGGAUAAGGCGGGGAAGACGAACGCCUGGUCUCCUGCUCACAACAACCGCUCAGAGUGGAUCCAGGUCGAUCUAGAGAAGACAAAACGCCUCACAGGCAUCAUCACUCAGGGUGCUAAGGACUUUGGUGUGGUUCAGUUUGUGUCUGUGUUUAAAGUCGCCUACAGCAACGAUGGAGAGUUGUGGAGUACAGUGAAGGACGAGAACACCGACAACGAUAAGCUUUUCCAAGGAAACAUCGACAACAACACCCACAAAAAGAAUCUGUUCGAGCCUCCGUUCUACGCUCGAUAUAUCCGCGUCAUCCCCUGGGAAUGGCACGAACGCAUCACUCUACGCAUGGAGCUGCUCGGCUGCGACGACUAGAAGCUCCUCAGUAACCAAUAAUCGAAGCUCCGUCUGCUACAACCGCAGCACAGAACGGAUCCCUGGAGAUCACGUUUGCUGCGUAGCUUGGACUUUUAACACUUGUAGCACUUUCUAACUAGUGACUUUUUUAUGUUUCUGUUGAUGCAUUUGUUUGAAAUUGCAGCUUUUGCUCACAGAGUCCCUUAUUUAGUGUUCAUGCUUUUAAAAUUUGCACAAAUUUGCUCUUAGUCUGAAUUAUUUGCUCCCUUUAAGAAUCCAAACCCUGCUUUUAUUUUGUAGUUUCGUCUCACUCUAUCUAUACGGCUGUUUGGCAUAGUGGCACAGGGUCGGUGCAAUACAGAGCCUGUUUUGGCAUUUCCAAUCAUCCAGUAAGAUAAAACAUGUCCAAGAGUAGGAAAUUAAAACCCAAAUUGGUUCUGCAGCACACUAAUAAAGUCAGUCCAUUGACUGAAUGUCAAACUGUAGGGUGAGUUUUUCAUGUCAUGUCUGUUUUGUUGACAUUUUCUACACAUUUUGACACAUUUUUCUGCUUCAUUCUUACAUAUAAUUUCAUUCUAAUUUAAACCUUUUUACCACAAAUGUGAAAUAUAUAGAAAGAUACCUAUGUGUAUGUGUAGAAAACAUUGUUUUACAUUUGUUUUUUAAUUCAUUGUUGGUCUUGGACUAAGAUCCUUUAUUAAAUGCUAAAAUAAA